UUUCAACAGCAGUAACAGUCAGCCACCUCGGUAGUUUGCUAGACAAAAUUGCGGAAACAAUAAAGCUCUUUAGACGCUUUAGUGUAUAUUAGCCACUGUGUUUUAAACCCACUUCUGACGUCUAGUUAGUUAUCCAAUCUAAUUUCAUAUUUACGGUGUUGUUGUUAUUGGUCAGCUAGCUGGCUGGUUAAGUUAGCAUUAGCCUAGCUAGCUAACAUCUCCGACAAUGAGCUCACUAAACUACUCUCCUCCUGUUAAAGAAGAGAUCUGCUGGACGGAGAAAGAGGGUCUGUGGCUGAACAUUGUUGUGAAAGAGGAGAAGGAAGAUGAGGAUGUCACGAUACAAAAACAAGUAGAGGCUGUUACCGUGAAAGAAGAGGGAGACGCGUUCAGAGUGAAAGAGGAGGAGGAUGUUACAGUGAAAGAAGAGGAGGAAGAGAAAGAGGAGGAUGCAGUUUUUGGAUUGAAAGAGGAGGAGGGGGAGAUGACUGUCACAUCGAAAAAGGAGGAGGAAGAAGAGGAGGAAACUGGAAAUCUGGGCCCGGUUUCCCAAAGGCAACUUAAGGCGUCCAAUGGUUCAAACAAUGAACAUAGCAGUAAGAUUGUUUUGAGAAACCGUUCCCUGAUUAACACUAGAGAGAGACGUGAUUGUUGUGGAUCCUCUGGGGAGCCUCAACAACAUGAAGCUGAGGAGGCAGAGAAGAGUCUCUCCACAUCAGCACACCUCAAACACCAGCGGAGACCCACCGGGAAGAAACCUCACCACUGCUCUGACUGUGGGAAGAGAUUCCCCUCUUCAGCAGACCUCAAAAGACAUCUGAGAAUCCAUACUGGAGAGAAACCUAAUAGCUGUGAUCAAUGUGGGAAGAGUUUUAGUGUUACAAGCAGCCUGAAAGCACACCAGAAAACACACACAGGAGAGAAACCUUAUAGCUGUGAUCAAUGUGGGAAGAGUUUUGUUACAUCUAGCAGUCUGACUAUACACCAGAGAAUACACACUGGAGAGAAACCUUAUAGCUGUGGUCAAUGUGGGAAGAGUUUUAAUGUUCCAAGCAGCCUGAAAACACACCAGAGAACACACACAGGAGAUAGACCUUAUAGCUGUAGUCAAUGUGGGAAGAGUUUUACUUCAUCUAGCCAGCUGACUAUUCACGAGAGAACACACACAGGAGAGAAACCUUAUAGCUGUAGUCAAUGUGAGAAGAGGUUUACUCACUCAAGCAACCUGAUGGUACAUUUAAGAACACACACUGGAGAGAAACCUUAUAGCUGUGAUCAAUGUGGCAAGAGUUUUGUUACAUCUAGCUGUCUGACUAUGCACCAGAGAACACACACAGGAGAGAAACCUUUUAGCUGCACUCAAUGUGGGAAGAGUUUCACUCAGGCAAACAUCCUGAUAGCACACCGGAGAACUCACACAGGAGAGAAACCUUAUAGCUGUGAUCAAUGUGGCAAGAGUUACUCUGGUAAAAGAGCUCUGAUUAAACAUCAGAAAAUACAUACAUGAAGGAUUGUUUCAUGAUAUCAAUGAAAUAAUGUCACAAUGUAGAAUGUUUUAACAUUGUAGUAGGAGUAUUUUAAUGGUGUCACAAUGUAGAACCCUAAACGUUUACCCCCUGUUCUAUUGAUUUCAGCGUGAUAUGGAUAUUAUCCUCAUUGGGAAAAAUGCAGGGUCUGAAAUGAAAGAGUAGUAUUUAUGUGAUUAACAUCAAGUGUUGUGUUAGACUUACCUCAUCGGUGACCCAUUUGAAUCAAAAUGCAACACUUCAAAAUGUAGAUAGCUGUUUUCUACAAAUUGUCUUCUAACCAAUGAUGUACACAUUAUUCCCAGAUUCUGUGUGGUUUUUGAGCUGUUUUAACAGGACGUGCAACCUCAUCUCCCUCCUCUCUCACAAUUGAUUUCAACUUGAUAUCGAUAUGAGUAUUGACAAUAAGUGUUGCGUUUCUCUUCGUUCUGGGGACCUCUAAAUUUAAAUGCAUCACUCUAAAAUGUAGCUGACUGUCUUCUGCAGGUUGUCGUCUAACCAGUGAGGUAACAGAUAUCUCCCAUUUCCAUGUGUGUUUUUUAGUUGUGUUAGUUUCAACAGCACAUACAACCUGAUUUCCCCCCCUAACAGAUAUCAGUGAUUUAUUGCCUCUUGUUGUUUCUGGAAAUUGGUUAUUGAUUUGGACAGGUUAAAACUGUGGUUUGACAUUCGUGCUAUCUCACCUAGCAAAGACUAUUCUGACAUCCAAUCUAUGUUUGAUUUUGGUUGAAGUUGACAUUUAUUUUGAAAGUACGUAUUUUUCAGGUCGUUGUUUCGACGACUUGAAAACAACUUAGUUUCAACGAACUUGCAACAUGGAGGCAGUAUAUAAAAAUGGUCUAUGAACAGUUUUAUUAACAAUCAUACAUCAUUCCAGUUUUUACACAUAGUUUUUAUUUACAUCAUUCAAGUGCUAAUUGUCAUUUUUUUCACUACUAAAGAAGCAUGACUCAAAUCACCUACUCAUAUUUCAAACAUUCGGCCUGACAAAAGAUCGUUUUUGUUAUUCAAUGCCUCUGCCCGACGUCCAAUCUACGCUCGGUUUUGUCCAAUCAGUCAGGCCACUGAAUAUGCAUAAGCAAUGUAAAGAGAUGUGGGGAAAAGUACA